AUGGUUAAGGAUACUAAGUUGUACGAUCUUUUGGGUGUUUCACCAUCCGCCUCCGAAAAUGAAUUGAAAAAGGCCUACAGAAAGGGUGCUUUGAGGUACCAUCCAGAUAAGAACCCCAGCGAGGAGGCUGCCGAGAAGUUCAAGGAGCUCUCUUCUGCCUAUGAAAUCUUGUCAGACGCGCAAAAGAGAGAUGUUUACGACCAGUACGGUGAGGAGGGUCUUACCGGUGCCGGUCCGGGCGGUAUGGGCGGUAUGGGUGGCGACGACAUCUUCUCCCAGUUUUUCGGCGGUAUGGGCGGCUUUGGCGGCCAAAGCAGACCAUCCGGUCCACAGAGAGGCAGAGACAUCCAACACUCGCUCUCAUGCACCUUGGAAGAGUUGUUCAAGGGCAAAACCGCCAAGUUGGCGUUGAACAAGACCGUGUUGUGUAAGCCAUGUGGGGGUAAGGGGGGUAAGAACGUUAAGGAGUGUACCACCUGCCACGGUCAGGGUAUCAGAAUCAUCAACAGACAGAUGGGUCCGAUGAUCCAGAGAAUGCAGGUCCAGUGUGACAAGUGUAACGGGACCGGUGACAUCAUGGACGCCAAGGACAGAUGCAAGACCUGCCAUGGUAAGAAGACGGCCAACGAGAGAAAGAUCUUGGAGGUCCACAUCGAUGCUGGUAUGAAGGAGGGUGAAAAGGUUGUCUUCAGAGGCGAGGGUGACCAGGGUCCAAACAUCGUCCCAGGUGACGUUGUCUUUGUUGUUGACCAGAAGCCACACGACAAGUUCACCAGAAAGGGUGACGACUUGUACUACGAGGCCGAGCUUGAUGUCUUGACCGCCCUUGCCGGUGGCUCUUUCGCCGUCAAGCACGUCUCUGGUGAGUACUUGAAGGUUGAGAUCGUCCCAGGUGAGUUCAUUGCCCCAGACUCCGUCAAGGUUAUUGAAAACCAGGGUAUGCCAAUCAGAAGACACGGUGGCCGCGGUAACUUGUUCAUCAAGUUCACCGUCACCUUCCCUAAGCCCCACUCCAUCCCAGAAGACAAGUUGAAGUUGUUGGAACAGGUCUUGCCUGCCAGAAAGGAGGCUUCUAUUCCAAAGGCAGCUAUUGUCGAGGAGUGUAUGUUGGCUGAGGUUGAUCCGUCCAAGCACAGACAGGGUGCCAGACAGAGCAGCUACGACGAGGACAUGGAGGACGGCGAGGAAGGUGCCGGCCCUGGUGUCCAGUGUGCCUCCCAGUAA